AUGUGCCUGUUGGCAUUUACCAACAACGUUUGGUGCCACAACGAAGUUCACGUUAAAAAUGGUAACCACACUACCACAACCAGAGAAUCAAAUACAAGAAAACGAGGUGUCGGUCAUUACAACCCGAUAGGAUGGGGUGCCCACGGAGUUGGUUCGUAUGGAGUUCCCACCACGCCGGUGCAGGGAUAUGGAGUAUCUACGACGCCGGUGCAAGGAUAUGGAGUGUCUGCUAUACCGGUGCAGGGGUACGCGGUGGUGCAGCAAUCUGAACGGCCAGUACCGUACCCAGUUCCGUAUCCGGUGACGUAUGACCGACCAGUUCCGUAUCCGGUGUCAUACGAUCGGCCUGUACCCUACCCUGUGCAGGUGGACCGGCCGUACCCAUAUCCAGUACAAGUGGACAGGCCGCUGCCGUACCCGGUACAGGUGGAGAAACCACUGCCUUACCCAGUACAUGUGGACCGUCCGGUUCCGUAUCCGGUGCAGGUAGAGAAGCCGUUGCCGUAUCCCGUGGACCGUCCAGUUCCGUAUCCUGUGCAGGUGGACAGACCUCAACCGUACCCGGUGCACGUGGACCGGCCGGUGCCGUAUCCAGUGCACGUUCCCUACAAAGUGUCUGUACCGGUGGACCGGCCAUACCCGGUGAAAGUGCCUGUGCCCACGCCAUACCCAGUAGACAGGCCAGUUCCGUAUCCCGUGCAGGUGGCCGUCAAGGUUCCGGUGGUGCAGCAGGUACCGGUCGAGGUGUCCCGGCCUUAUCCCGUACUGGUGCAGCAACCCGCAGCGGUGAUGGUACAACAGCAACCCGUUCUCUGGCAGAAGGUUUCGGUGCCACAGUCAUAUCCGGUAUACUCGACGAACCAGCCGCCGAUGCAGUGGCAGAAGCAGCCUUCUUAUUACUCAAACGUGGACAACAGCAAAAACUACAUCGGCAUGCCCGUGUACAAUGGAGGUAACCAACCCGGUUACCAGCGUGGUCAGUACCCAUCCGGCUAUAGUAUCGGUGUGAACCACGCUCUUAUUGGGCUUGGCGUGGGUGGUCGGGGCCUGGGUGGGUCAGGCGGGACAGGCGGGACAGGUGGAACAGGCGGAAUAGGCACGACCGGCGUCAUCAAUGGAGCAGCAGGUAGCCUGUUAGGGGCGGCGUACAACGUGAUGCAGGGUUUGAUGUCGCCUGGUGGCAGCAUCACUGGUUACGCGACCGGACACAACGACUAUCUGGGUCCCAAGACCACAGGAUUCACGACCGUCAUCAACAAAUGA